AUGCCUCUUGAUAAUCCGAAUGACCCCAAUAGUAAUAAUCCAGAGGAUACCUUUGAUGAUGACUAUAAAGCUAUUGCUAGACCUACUGUUUUUAAUAAAUUUAGUAAUAUUAAAGGUAUGUCAAAAAAGGUUGUUGAUAAAAAAGAUAAAUCAAAAGAGGUUGUUGAUGAAAAAGGUAAAUCAAAAGUGGUUGUUGAUGAAAAAGGUAAAUCAAAAGAGGUUGUUGAUGAAAAAGGUAAUUCAAAAGAUGUUGUUGAUGAAAAAGGUAAUUCAAAGAAAGUAA